CAGCCAUAUUCGAGUAGCUGUGUGAAGAGUUCCAGGUAUAUUUUGUUGAUGAUGUUGUAUUCUGUGAUCGUACAGUUAUGCGCAUAACAUUUGGAGGAGUGAUGGGCGUUUCAUUGACGUGGAGUUUAGGCUUCAAAGCAUCUGAUGCAUAUUCUUGGUAUUUUUGCAUGACUUGUUAAUAAAAUGGAUGGUGUCGAAGAAAAUAUCAGAAGGCUGUUGGAUGGCCAAGCUCAAGAAGACUGCCAAGACCUGUGUGACUUCACCCUUGAAGAACAAAAUGAGGCAACAGCUGCAAAAGGCAUUGUACCCUCAGCAUCUCCAGACUACAGACCCAUAUUAAGGCAUACUGUGAGCUACAUUGUUGUAGGAGCUCUUAUUAAUAGUGAUGGAGAGGUGUUAAUGAUGCAGGAGGCCAAAAGUUCAUGUGCUGGGAAGUGGUAUCUACCUGCUGGUCAUGUUGAGCCUGGUGAAAACUUACUGGAAGGAGUGAAGAGAGAAGUGUUAGAGGAGACGGGGAUCGAGAUGGAGCCCACAACUCUCCUUAUGGUGGAAUGUGCAGGUGGUGCUUGGUAUCGUUUUGUCAUAACAGGAAAUGUAACAGGUGGAUGCUUGAAAACACCAAAGGAUGCUGACUCAGAAUCUCUCCAGGCUAAAUGGAUAAAAGAUCUUGGUGAACUGAACCUCCGUGCCAAUGAUAUUCUUUCAAUAAUAGAACAAGCCAGAAGCUAUCAUGCAAGAAAAGAUGAGUGUUGGCAUGGAUGUGUGUUGCCAGCAGUAACACCACACCGCAAACUACUGCUCCGGCUUGUUAUCUGCAUCAGGAAGAGAAGCAAUAAUCGUGUUCACAUUCUUCUAUCUGAAAAGACGGAAGUUCACUUACCAGUAUGUGAGAUCAAUCCAACUAGAAAUGUUCAUUCAACACUAAAUAAGUUCAUGACAGAAAUAUUUGGUGCAGACCUACCAGCUCAUAAACCUCAUGGAAUUUUGGCAGUAGAACAUUGUGGAAAGCCUGAGGCAUUAAAUGAUGGUUUGUGCCUUACUGUCCUUGUCUCAUUUCGGAAAGCUCUGGAAGAAGUUGGUAUCAUUGACAAAUACACUUGGCUGGAGGUGUCCAAGCAACUGGGAGAUGACUUACUUAAAAGGCUACCCAAAAAUAUGGCUGUGCCUCUGCAUGUGAUUCGGUAAAUAAAAUACGCUGUGGAAGGUACCAAGACACUAGGAAGAGCUCUCAUUGUUUAGCACAGUAUCCAUUUCAUAUCAUCUGCAGGCUGCAUGAAUUGUUUUGCCAGCAUAUGUGUUCUACAUGCCAUGCAUCAAACAUGCUGUGCACAGCAAAAUGUUAUACCCAGAUUUUAAACAGUACUUAAAAAAAACUAUGACACGAAACAUUUUCUUGACUAUAACACGUUUUUUACAUUCAUUUGUGUCUAUAAAUGGUAUUAACAUAUUUACAAUUAAAAUAUAUUAAAAUGGCAGGUUGUCAGUCUCUUGAAAAAUUUACAUGGGUAUUAUGGCAUACCUCAAAACGUGUGCCUGUAUAAUAUCGGCAUAUUUCUGCAGCAAUAAUUUUCGUUACUGUUGCCACUUUAUUUGUACACAGGUUAUCUGGUUCUGUAUUUCUGGAACAGUAAAAGUAACAUAAACAAAGCUGUCCCACCAUAUACCAUGUAAGUUCUUGGCAGGAGAGGAAGUAUAGCUCCUAAUCAUUCUUAACCUCGACACUGGAUACGAAUGAGUGGUCAUUAUCAUGCCCUGGGAAAGGACCCCAGUACCCAUUGGAUAGGAGGCUGGGUGGGCCCCAGAACUGGUCUGGAUGCAGAGACUAGUUGAAAAAUCCUCUGCCCCGUCAGGGAUCAAACCCCAGUUGUCCAGUACUAGUCAGUCACUGUACUGACUGAGCUACCCCAACUCCUUAUUUCUGGAAGAGAGUUACAUCAUGUAAGAUCAUUGACAAUGCAGUCCCUGUAAUAAAAUAGGAACUUCAUGUAGUUCAACUAAGGUGUACUAUUUGGUUCCAAGUUAUAAUGAGACAGCAAAGUUGGCUGAUGCUGUGUACACUGGGGGGACAAUGUAGAUUUUACUCUUGACCUUACAUAAUACUACGUAGUGCUGUGUUACUCAUUGCCCUGGGUGAGUACAGUAUCUUCUUCCUUGCUUCAUUUUGUCAUACUGCUGGCAAUGUUUUCCCUAUUAUGUCAAUUCCUGCAGUUGAUACAUUAAGCCUAUUAUUAUGAACUGCCAUAGUUGUAUAAUGUGUAGACUCAAUCUAUAAUUAACAUCCAUUUGUCACCAUAUUUACUUGUGUAAUGCCCCUGUUUCUACUCCACAUUAUUAAUACUAAAAGGGGGGGUGGCAGGAGCAGGGGACAAUAUGUAGAUUAUCUUUCUGAUGGUUUCUUGGUUCUAUAUAACAAAAGCUAUCAAACUUGUAUAAUUUAAGUUAUUUUAGUGGAAUGAUUUCUCAAAAUACUAAUUUGGCAUUAUUUUUGUAUUGAGAGUCGAGUACAUGUCAGGUUAUAAAAAUAUAGUGCAAACGUGUUGUAGGAAUUACUGGCAGCUUUGCAGCAACAACCAGUCUUAUUGUGUUGAAACAAAUUUUAAUAAUUUGUAUAAUGGUAGCAUCAUUCAUUACAGUUUUUCUAUAUUUACUACAGAUAAUAUUUAAUUACAAAUGGUUAUCUGAGUAGGUCAGGGAUGAGCAGUCUGUGGCCUCUGAAAUUUUUUUUAAUAGUUUGUGUUUGCAACAAGCUUAAUAUUUCUGAAUGUUUCCAUGUGUCUCAUUAAUGAUAAAUUUCAAUUCAGCUUAUGACAUCAUUUGGAAUCCCUGUUGAUGCAUACCUACUGAAAAGCUUGCCUUGGUUAUGACUACCACAUUUCUUGAACUUUGUCACAAACUCCACUUAUAUUUUAGAAGCUGCUAUAAAAUACUGUAACUGUGUAAGUGCAUUAUGUGAGUUGGUCUCAACUUACUGUAUUUUAGAUUAUUUUGCUAUAGACAUUCCCUAAAGCCUGUUUUGUAACUCACAAUGAAGGGGCAGUAUUAUAAUUUCUGCGAGGCACAGGACAUACAUAGAUCGUAAUAUCAGGACUCUGUUCCAUAAUGUACUGAGGUGAUGUUUGUGUAAGCAAGGACUUGUACAGGCUAAUAAUAUUAUUAUAUUGAUGGUAAGUAUAUUAAUAUGCACUGAUUUAAUUUUCAGUGUUUCUUAAAAUAAUAUUAGGAGAUAAUUGUGGGUGUCUUUUGAGAAUUGGGGAUUCAAAACAUUACUUUUGUGUGGUCAGUAUUUAUAAUUAACAUCUGUAAAAAUCACAUGAUUUCAAUGAAGUUGCAUAGAAAUAUUUUAUACUACCAGUAUCCUGCCAAAGUUUUAAGUUCUUUUGAUAUUGAGUUUUAUUAGUGUAGUUCAAUUUUGAUGCUGAUUCUUGCCUUGAGUUAUCAGUAGGUAGAUGAAACAGAAUCUUAUGAAGUGUAUAGAAUAUAACUUUGAAUUGUCAUUUUGGGAAAUUACAUUUAAUUUUAAUUUAUGUGCUCAGUUUUGUUAAUAUUUGGGAGUUACUAAUAUGGCAUUGAUUUUUACAUUUUGAAAAAUUACAGUUUUUCAUUUCCUUCAAUGUCAAAGACAUGAUUAUGCAGGUUGGAGUAGAAAUGGUAAUGGCAUUGAAAUAAUAAAACUGGUUCACAGUUCAGGUUUUCAUUGCAUUUUCUUUAUAUAUAAGGGUUCAUUUGUUUUGUAAGUGGAAUAGAAAUCAGUGUUAAAAUGUCUUCUGUCCUUCCAUUUCUGAUUUAGUUUCAGUGGCUGUCCCUGUGAUAGAAUUUUGAUUAAAUUUUGCAUUGAGAAGAAGUAGAAACUUUCUUAUAUUUUCAUACCAUUUAAACUAGUCAAAGCUAUUGCUUUGCUUCAAUGCCUGACUUCAAUUAACUCGUUUAACUUAUCAAAAAAGUAGAGAAUUUAAUGAGAAACGUAUGAACUGUUGUUAAGAAAUUUAGUAAAAUGAUCAUUAAAAAAUUGUUUAUGAAAAAAUAUAAUGCUCCCCAAAAGUAGUGCAAUAAAAAGUAUUAUAAAUGUUAAUGUGGUGAUAACUAAGUAACACCAUGGUUGUACAGUCCUUAAUUCAGCACUAGAAUAUUUUAUACAUGUACUAAAUAAGGAUCUGGUUAUGAGAUUAUAUUACUAUUUGUAAUACAUUUUUAUCUCUGUGAUACUGCAGUGUGUUUAAAUUGUAAGGUAUACCCUACUCUUAUAUAAUUAUUUCCUUUUCAUAAGCUUCAGUAAUGUACUGUUCACUUUCCAUGACCAUUUAAGACUUGAAGUUUUCAUGGUGACUGAAGGUGAUAAAAUCAUCCAGAGUGAUCAGCCAUGUCAAUUUAAAGCAAAAAUAUAUUGUUUCAGAAACUGUCUCCUUCAUCCCUGAUGACAGUGACAGAGAAUGUCUGAAGUGUUGAACUUCUGCUCUGAAUUUACGUGGCUAAUAGUCUAAGAGGAUUUUAUCUAUGUGUUUUAUGCAUGAGAAAUUUGAUACAAUAGUUUUAAUAGCAUAUGAAUUUACUUGCCCUGUUGUUAAUGUAUUAUUACUAAACUUACAAAGAAGAAAAGUCAAAAGAAGUCAAGAACACAGAGGUGUCAGUAAAUACCACAUUCUGUCUCCACUAUUCAAUUCCAGGUUAUGCACCUGCCUGUCUGCACUUCACCUUACCCUUUCAUAUGUUAACAUACUUUUUGUAACAUACAUGGACUACUGAUAUCAAGAUGUUUAUUUAAAAGACUUUAAAUUCUCCAUCAAAAUUACAGUAUAAAUGUGUCUUUUAUAUAAUUUUUUUAUGGUUGAAUAGUUUAGAUUAUAUAAGGUUUAAAAUGCAUUCUGUUUGUAACUCUUAUGUAAGGUAGUGAAUUGAUUUUAUUUUUAAUAUGUCCACAGACAUAAACCAUGACUUGAGGCAUGAAAUUUGCAACAGAAUUACUUUAAGCUUAGUACCUAUAUGACGUCAUUGCUACAUUCAAAUGGGUUGGAAAUACUUUGUUUUAAGGUUUAAUACUCAAAAGUUUAAUAAUUUUAAAAAUCAUGUGUAUUGUAUCAACUUAAUGUGAUGUCACUUGCAACAGUAUUACUACUGAAUUUAUUAUUUGUAUUGUAUCUUCUUGAAUUGAUGUGUAUAUUUUUAUAACAUAUAUAUAUGCUACAUAGCAAACAGGUGAAGUAGUUUCUAAUUAAGGUUUGGCUGUAGCCUGAGUAUAACCAUACGUGGUUGAAAUGUCACUAUAUUACUUGCAUUAACUGUAUAAAAUAAAAGCAUUGUUAAAGAUU